GCCUGGUUUCCCAGGUGUGCUGUAAAGCUCGAGCCACCAUACGACCGGGGCACCACUUGGAGCUUAGAGAUGCGCCGUGUUGGUUGCAACGGCAUCAUCGACGAGACGAAAGUGCGGGACGACAAGCUGCGUCUCUCUCCCUCUCUACAGCUUUGUUUGACGACAACUUGUGCUUUCGGUCUUCUCUCGCGAGUCGCCCACAUCUAGCAGCAAUGCCUACUCCCGAAUCGGCGGCCUUCCUGGCCAAGAAGCCCACCGUCCCGCCCACCUUCGACGGCGUCGACUACAAUGAUACGAAGCGCCUGAAGCAGGCCCAGGAUGCCAUUAUCCGCGAGCAAUGGGUCCGAGUUAUGAUGGGUCGCCUGGUGCGGGAGGAGUUGUCCAAGUGCUAUUAUAGGGAGGGCGUGAACCAUCUGGAGAAGUGCGGACAUUUGAGAGAACGCUACCUCCAACUACUCUCCGAAAACCGUGUCCAGGGUUAUCUUUUCGAGCAGCAGAACCAUUUCGCGAACCAGCCAAAGCAAUGAGUUCUCCACCAUCAUUCUGGGAGCAGACCGGAGGGUACAAGCUGGAGCGAGCUGAUUUGGGGCUGAAAUGAUCUGGGCAGCGAGAGUUUUGGCAGGGCAGUGCGCUCGAGAACCGGAGAGCGAGUCAGUCAUGGUCGAACCGGGAAGGGGCUCCAUAACAUCGCGGACCACCCUUUCAGACGUCCGGCUUCAGCAACCCCCAGAGGAGUGCUCGGGCCCUUUAAUGAGACUUACGAGCAGGCAUGUAAAUAUCAACAGAACUCGGCAACAACAGACACACGGGGGACUAGAGGAAUAACAGGACUCAAUAAUGACCUCCAUUUUUAUUUAUUCUUUUUGCACGUAUGUUGUCAGUACAGUUCGCAGAUCUAGACUAUAGAAUACAUAAAGUGCUUUGUCACGGCCCUAGUGACAGUUGCAGCUGUUCCUGUCCAAUAUCAAAA